AUGGUUAAAUAUUUCUCUUCUUCUACGAUCGGGGGCGGCAAACGUCCCCUGACCGAAGUUUCCAAACCAAAUGAACAAUCUUUCAUGUCCAAAUACAUCGUGUUAUCUUCCACUUCCUCGGAAGAAGAAAAACGUGUACCACUUGGGAAAAUGUCACCCUUCUUUAUUGAGAAGGCGGUGUCUUCCCUAUCGAAAAACAUCACCGAAAUAAAAAAACUGCGAUCUGAUGACCUUCUUAUCAAGUGUACGUCAGAGGCUGAUUGCAAAAAGAUCCUGAACACAAGAGAAAUGCUUGAUGUCCCGAUAUCUGCUUCCCUGCAUAAGACCCUCAAUACGUGUCGUGGUGUGGUAGCUAUCGCGGAGUUGAUGAUGGACGUCCCAGUAGAGGAGAUCCUUAUGAACUUAAAGGAACAGGCUGUAAUUGAUGUUGGAAAGCUCAAGAUUCGGAAAAAUAAUGAAUAUAUCACCACCAGAAACGUAGUCCCUACCUUCGACCGACCCUCACUGCCCGAUAAAUUGAAAGUUGGGUAUUUGUUUGCAGACGUCCGUCCAUAUAUCCCGAACCCUCUUCGUUGCUUUAAGUGCAACCGCUUUGGGCACGCUGCUGACGCCUGCCGUGGGUCACCAUGCUGUGCUCGGUUUGGCCAGCAGGGCCAUGAUACUAAAGAGUGUAGAGGGCCUGAUUGUUGUGUGAACUGCACUAGUGAUCACCCCUCUUACUCGAGAUCCUGCCCUAAGUGGAAAUUAGAGAAAGAGAUUCUACGCAUCAAGGUUCCUGAAAACAUCAGCUACCCCGAAGCAAGGAAGAGAGUAUCCCCUUUCAUUACACAGAAAUCUUUCUCAGCAGUGCUUCAACAGAAACCAAAGAUGGUAAUUGUACACACGCAAACAGACACUCCGCCUAGAACUCAACUAUCAAGUGAAGACGGGGUGAAAAUUAAGCCCCAUGAUGAAAAUACGGUAGUGACUGCGAAAGCAGUCCUACCCUUGUCAUCACCCUCCAUGGAGGCGGGCCCUAUGGAGUGUGAUGAUAAUUCGAGCUCGGAGCUCUCCUUGCGCUCACCAUUUCUGACGCCCGCAAGAGGAAACCUCUCGAGGAGUGGUUCUCUCCCCGAGAUAUCGGAGAAGGAUUUAGCGGAGGCCAGAAGAAAACCCCGGAAGCCAAGGAUUACUCCUCCCCAGAGGAGUAAGACCUAG